UUAUAUUUAUGGAUGUUGUCUGUUUUCAGGUUGUGAAUGCAUGGUUGAGAACAUUUUAACCUGUCAAAUUUUGUAAUCGGAAAAUAAAAAGACUUGGUCAUUAUUUAUUGUGUUUGCAUAACAUCUCUCCAGUAGCUGUUUGAAAGGGAUUGGAAUGCUGUCUAUCUUCGUCUACAUUUAAGAACAAGCAACAUAGGGCAGCUCUGCUGUGUUCAACUGAAACCAAAUGACACAUGCACAUAGACACCCAGUGGAAUCAUGAUAACAGCUGAUAAGCACUAAAACAGUACACUGUUUUUCUAACUACAUAAGCAGCAUAACCUUUGAUGAAUGUAUUUAAACAGAGACAGCUCUGUAGCAGAUUGUGGUGGCCACAAUGUGUAAGCCCAUUGUAAAACAAACAAAAAAACCGGUUGGAGCACAUCAUUCUCAGUCCUCCGUGUUGGAGCACUGAGAUUUCAUGAAGUAAACACACACACACUCGACCACACAUAACCAGAGAGACAUUCACGAACACAGAUACAGAAACCAGUGACGUAUAAGGAAAUACUUUCUCCUCUACAAUGGCGUGACAUCAGGUGUGAAUUAACAUAAAUCCACUCCAGACACUCAGUAAGACCACACACCUUCUCCACAGUCACCCACUGACACAGUGAAACAACCUCAGUCACACACUGACACAGUAAAACAACCUCAGUCACCCACUGACACAGUUAAACAACCUCAGUCACCCACUGACACAGUUAAACAACCUCAGUCACCUACUGACAUAGUAAAACAACCUCAGUCACCCACGCAGACGUUCACCUGCAUACCAGAACACUUUAGACAUGGGCGUGGCCUGAGCGAACGUAAACUGGCUCACUGGCUGUGGAGGUGUUGUGUGGGGAGGAGUCAGACAGGUUGAGACAAAAACCUGGAAAUACAAUUUAUUUUAUUGUCCAGGGAGGUCUGUGGCUGUCACAGUACUACGAGUUAGCUUGAGGAGGAGACACUCGAUAUACCAUCUGGUUUUUCUGUGUGAGAAGGAAAAGAGCAAGAGAACAGAUCUGGAUUUUCCAGAAUCUGAAUAAUGGCAUCCACGGCCACUCCAUACAAGAACCAGCAUUAUUCUGAGCUGAAGAGGAAAUGUCUGGAGGACAAGAAACUGUUUGAGGAUCCAGAGUUUCCAGUUACCAACGCAUCCCUGUUCUACAAGAAACCCCCUCCUGGUAGGGUGGAGUGGAAGAGGCCCAGGGAAAUCACCGGUGAGCCUCAUCUCUUUGUGGACGGCAUCAGCUCGGAUGACUUGAACCAGGGCGCUCUGGGUAACUGCUGGUUUGUGGCAGCAUGCUCUUGCUUGGCACUGAAGCCAGACCUCUGGCACAAGGUGAUCCCACACUGGAAGGAGCAGGAGUGGGACUCCAAGCAGCCUGACAACUAUGCUGGAAUUUUCCACUUCCGCUUCUGGGUGUUUGGGGAAUGGUUGGACGUGGUAGUGGAUGACCGUCUUCCCACCAUCAACGACGAGCUGAUCUACUGCCACUCCAAAGCCAACAACGAGUUCUGGAGUGCCCUGCUAGAAAAAGCCUACGCCAAGCUCUCGGGUUGCUAUGAGUCGCUGGAUGGGGGCAACACGGGGGACGCGGUGGUCGACUUCAGCGGAGCAGUGGCAGAAGCCAUCAACCUCGAGGCUGAAGCGUUCUACAAAGAUGAGAAUAAAAUGAGCAGCCUGUUUGAGGAUCUGCUCAGAGUCUAUGACAGGGGGGGAAUCAUCAGCUGCUCCAUCAAGGCGUCUCCUACUGAACGGGAAGCGAGGAUGGCAUGUGGGCUGAUGAAGGGCCACGCCUACUCAGUGACUGCGGUGAAGAAGGUACGGUUGGGCCACGGUCUCGUGGCCUACUUCCAGAAUGAGACCAUCCCCCUGAUCCGCAUGAGGAACCCCUGGGGAAAGGUUGAAUGGAAUGGACCCUGGAGUGACAGCUCAGCAGAAUGGGAAAAGGUUGGCAGCAAAGAGAGGGGUAACCUUGGUAUAACAGUAAAAGAUGAUGGGGAGUUUUGGAUGGCAUUUACAGACUGGUGUAAGUACUUCACGGAGGCAGAUGUGUGUCGUCUCAUCAACACCUCUCUGCUCAGCACCGAAAAGACAUGGCACGAAGUGGUGCAUUUUGGGAGUUGGACUAAGGAUACAGAUCCACUGAAAAAUCGCUCUGGAGGCUGCAUGAACCACAAACAGACGUUCCUCCAGAACCCCCAGUACCUAUUUGACGUGACCAAGGAGAUUGACGAGGUUCUGAUCUCCCUACAGCAGAAAGACAUGAAGAUCCACAAAAGUAUUGGCCAAGGAGAGAACCUCACCAUUGGCUUUGCCAUAUUUAAGGUUGAGCUGAACAGGAAGUACCGCAUGCAUGACCUCAUCACCCAGACGAAUGUUCAGACGUCUACGUACAUCAACUCCCGCACAGUGUUCAUGAGGGUCAAGCUCCCCAAGGGUCGCUACGUCAUUAUCCCCACCACCUUCCAACCACAGAUUCUGGGAGACUUCAUGUUACGUCUUUACUCGGGCGAAGAUUCAGGGUGCAGAGAGCUGACUGGGGACAAGCCCAGUGUACGGUGUUGGACUGUGUUCACCGGAUACCCUCAGGUGGUCACCCAGCUCUACAUCCACGGAGCAGAGGGGCUGGAGAACCAGGACAGCACAGGGGGUGCUGAUCCCUACGUGAUCGUGUCCUGCGAGGGCUCUUCCAUCCGCUCCACCGUCAAGGCGGACACCCUGGAGCCGGUGUUUGACACCAGAGCCAUCUUCUACAGAAAGAAGCCCACAAAGCCGAUCACUGUAGAGGUGUGGAACAGCAAUGCUGUGAAGGACCAGUUCAUGGGCCAAGUGGUGUUGACAGGCUCGGCAAAGGACUCCACCAACCCCCAGAGGCUCAACCUGAGGAAGAGUGGCCGGGCCAUGGCCGAUGAGAUGCCUGGCUCCAUUACCCUCCGCAUCGUCACCACCACAGAGCUCACAGGGAUGUGACCAGGACCUGCUGACCAUUUAAACGGCAGCUCCUUCCAAUGACACCCCGGGUGGACAUUUUGGACAGGGCCUUGUCACCACGAGACGGAUGAUCCGGAUAAACGUGGUCGUGAACCAAGAAGCAUCUAUAAGCUUUCUGGAUUUCCUAUUUUUACUGUUGUUUUGACAUUACUUUGCGCCAUGCCUUUUGGAAAGCCGAUAUGAAUGUGAAGCGCAUAACAGAACAUUUUAUUUUAUAUCAGAUUUUAUAUGAACUAUACUUAUCCCGCGUAAAGGGAUGAACAUAUUGUAUACACAAUUAUGCCUUUUAUAUACAUUCCAAUGACUUGUUUUUAUAUUAUAUACAAAUAUGUGCCUCUUUUGAUAUUUAUGAAUCCAGUAUUUACAUCAUCAUAUUGGAAAGUUGUCAAUUACGUGAAUGUAUCUACAGCAGAAGCUUUGGAUCAUAGCCAGCAAUAGUUUAUAUAUUAUUUGUGUAGCUAAAUAAGUAAUUCAAACAACAAUUUACAAUAUUUUUUUCUUCUUUUUUAUUUUAGUCCAGUUCCCAAACUGCAGUAUUUUGUUGUUUAACACUCAAGACACAGCCAUGCACAAUUUAUAAUUCAAAAAAGUAUAUUGCUUCAACCACAAUUAAAAAUAUCUUAUCCAAAA